UUUAUUUUUGGAUAAAUGAGAAUAUAUUGAAAUGAUCCGAGGCUCCUGCUGACAGGCUGACACACAGGUCACCGGUGAUCGUCGAUCCAGCAGGUGUAAUCGCAGUAAGUUUGAUAAGUUGCUGCUACAAUCCAAUUUCCUCCUGGGGAUAAAUACAGUACACCAUCCACUCACUCAUCCACCCACCUGCUCCUCCAUUAACAUUUGUGUCCAUCUGAUCUCUAGGGUGAGGAUGUCAUCCCUUUAUAAAACCAUCCACGUGUCACCCUCACUAAGAGAACACACCUGCGUAUUAUUUGGAAUGAGCCAUGCUGGAUGUUUGACACAUGAUCAGGGGCAGAUGUUGGGACCCGAGCUUGGUCCGGUGGAAAUCUCAGAUGUUGAAUUUACACACCUUCAGCAUCUUAUCCAGUCACAGAUGGAGACACAAGCUGCUCCUCCAGAUGGGCCUGAUGCCAGAUCUCCACCUGCUGCUGUCACAGUUCAAGACACCACUGGAUCCACGGUGAUCUCACCCUUCAGCCAAGCUAUGGACCUCUCCACCUCCACUGAUGAGCAUGGCCUGGUGAUGCCUGGAGAAAAGACACCGAUCUCUUUUGGAGAAGUGCCGGGUUUUGUGCUGGCCAAGGUGAGAGAGGAAGACAUUUCGACAGAUCCACUUUCCAACAGCAGCACAUCGUCACAGAAGCGAUCAGCUGCUAGGGUUUGCUUGGAGACAAGGUUUAACACUGUGUCAGCUGAUACCCCGAGACAGCAGGAUGUUCAGUCUACAGUUUUCAGCAAUUUUUUGACAAUAUUUCAGCAGUCUGCAGAAGCUCCAGAGGGAGUCGUACACCCUCAAAUGCAGAAGGGGAUGACUGACCCUGCAGACAAAGCAAAUCCUUAUGAGGUUUCUGGCCCAUUCGUAGGGAGUGUCCUCAACCCUGUUACCAACAGGUUUGAACAAGUGAUCAGCCACAUUCCUCACAGGAUUGACCCUCAGCAUCAGGGUUUAAUCAUCCCCAAAAGUUUUUCAUUCAAUUUUCUUUUGGACAGUGUUGUUAAAAAAGCUCAUUACACAAAUGGAAACAACUCAGCGGAGGAGCAGCAGUUAGAGAACAAAGAAAAUGAUGUGGCAACAUCUGCUGCCUUCAGGAAGCAUGGCAACACCCACAGCUCUCAUCCUAGGAAAGGUGCUAAGGCUGCAGGGUCAGGAAGCAACAUCAAGAAGAAAAUUCAAGCUCAUUUAUCACCGAGCCAGCGCAGGGAGAAGCACAACAGUAAGGAGAGGGAACGCAGGAAGAGGAUCCGUCUGUGCUGUGAUGAGCUGAACAUGCUGGUGCCGUUCUGUAACUCAGACACAGACAAAGUCACCACCCUGCAGUGGACCACUGCCUUCCUCGGGUAUCUCACUAAGACCUAUGGAGACACCUUCAAAGAUGAGUUUAAAAGAGCGUUCAUUGAUGAGAGAGGACAUUUUCUAAAAAGCAGCCCGUCUUCAUCACAUGACCCGAUGCAGAGAGAGAUGGACGAGAGCCUCACCACUCCUCUCACUGUAGAGCAGUAACCCCCUCACUGACUCACCUCAUGGAUCAGUCUGAUGUUGUGGGUCAUCUCCUGAGAGGAAGUAGGCUGUGAUGUAAUAUUUAAAUCGACAAAAUGUGUUCCACUUUGUGGCUACAUGCUUAUUAUAAAGAUUCAACUGUUUUAGUCUCAGACAUUGUGAUACUCAAUGAUACAGAGUUUGUUUCCAGCUGCCUCUUAGCACCACACUGUGCCAGGCUUGUGUUUACACUGUAAGCCAUUUCUUCUGCCUAUGAUGCUUUCUGGUAUACUAGUAAUUCAAAAAGUCAUACAUAGGUGGCACUGUUUCUCUUUGAAAAACACCUGAGAUCAGAUUUCUGGCUUCAUAUAUGGUGAAUUAAACAUUUAGUUAACGUAAAUAUUUGUUUUAACCCUGAUUCAAGUUGAUUUUUAAAAUACUUUUUGCACUCUGUUCAUCAUACAUCGCUUAGCGUUCCUUUUCAAAUAUUUUGAAGUGAUUUAAAAGGAUAUAAUUGUUCCUAAACUCUGUGAAUAAAUGUGAUUUUCUGUCAUAGUGUUAACAAUAUUAUUCUGACGUACAGACUGUUCAUUUGAUAUGUAGAGAAGAGUAAUGUUUUACUGAAAAGUGGCUUUAUUUGUUCUUUCUUACAACAUGUCGCUGUAGCAUCUUACUGUACAUACAACAGUCACCCACAAAUAAUAAAUAGUAUUUAAGGUCAUGUAUAUUUAAUAGUUACAGCACCGGUAGUACAUAGUGGAUGUGGUCAUUGCAGAUUGGAGAAAAAAAAGACAUUGAAAUAAUUACCUUGCUCCUUCGAUUGGUUUUGUAAUGACUGAUUUAUGCAUCCACAUGUUUUAUUUUGUUUCUGAUCCUCAAAUCUAGAGAACCAACUUCACAUAUAAUUAAAAAAAAACAAGCUGUAAAAAAAGACUAUCAAAAAGUAUUUUUGCAUUAAUCUACACAAUUUGUCAGCACCUUGGUUCUUGUGCUUUUUAUUCCUUUGACGGUACACAGCUCUCUGACAGAGGCUUUUCACCUCUGUCUGUUUUCCAUAUUUUACACUGUAAGCUUGUAUGUUGAGGUAACACCUGUGAUUGACAUGAAAGGGGGCCAUGAUACAUGCACAUUCACUUCAGAGACAGUCACUGUUGUUUUCAGAGUGUCAUCUGCCACAGCGAUGCUAGCAAAGGUUAACGGGGGCAUGGAAACAACAUGUACAAAGUUUUUAUACACAAAGGACUCAUCAUUCGUCUUCAGCUGUUUAUAAGUCAAGUCUUGUUUUGUGAUAUUGUAGAAUCUGUAGCAAUGCAGUUAUGCUCUUGAACUCUUCCUCCCUCUGUCCACUUUUUCUCUGUUGAUGUUUCUGUCGAUCAGUUGCUCUGUUUCUUUGUGUCAAUAUUCGGAUGUUCCUCCAUUCUUCUCAGAAUAUCACACCUGCUGAUGUUACUCUUCCCAUCCUGUGAUACUUUUAUUUAAAUAAAGAGGACAUUUUUGUGACCA